AAGAUGGUGUACCUAUUCUGCCACGGAAUGGUCGACUCAAGUCAUCAAAACACUGAUCCGGGUACCCACUUUGGAGGAGGCAUGUGGCAUUGCACAAAGAUUUGAACGUGCCCACUCCAUUCCUCAAAUCAUAGGUUGUGUGGAUGGGAGCCACAUCCCUUGCUUGCCUCCAAGUGAUGGCUACAGAGACUUCAUAAACAGGAAGGGAUGGCCAUCCUAUGUCCUCCAGGGAGUCUGUGAUGACAAAUACUGUUUUUGGAGUGUGAGCUGCAAAAUGCCUGGUUCAGCACAUGACGCCAAUGCACUCCGCCAGUCCAAUCUGUUCAACAAUGCACAAUCCUUCCCAAAGAGAGCAGUGCAGAUCGAGGGGCAGGAUGUGGAUUUCUUCCUGCUGGGAGAUCCUGCGUACCCGCUGAUGCCCUGGCUAAUGAAGGGCUAUCUGCAGUCCCCAAGACUGACACCACAAGAGGAAAGCUUCUACGUCUAUUUGAGUUCUGCUAGAACAAGUAUAGAGAUAGCAUUUGGUCGACUGAAAUCUCGUUUCCGUGUUCUGUUGAAGCGCAGUGACUUCCAUUUCACUUUCACACCAUACGUGGUAGCAACCUGUUGUGCUCUACACAACUUUUGUGAGAUGGAGAAGGAGCACGUUAAUCCCAGAUGGGCAGAGGAGGCCACAUCAGUAGAAAGGCCUUUUCCACAGCCUGUGUCACAGGUUAAUAGGGCUGAUAACAGUGCAGCCUCAGCUAUCAGACGGGCCCUAACAGAUGACCUUGCUGCACGUGUCCCACUCCGUAAGCGCUUAGUAAGAGCGUGA